AUAAAAGCUCGUGCAGUCGUGGUGGCGCGCACAAUCUGGAUUUAUACAGUGAGUGAGGUCUGUUGGAUUAUAAAUAUUCGGGAAAAUGACAAACGCACAGGAAACGAGCCGGCGCAACGAAACCCCUUCACACGCUGCUACAGACGCAGUGAGGAUGAGGAGAAGAAAGGCUCAAUGGCUGGUUUCAUGCAUGUUAAGUCUGUCUUUGCUUAUUGUAGUGAUGGGUAUCUACACCAGCACACGCACUGAGAGCGUCAGCAUCACAGGAUACAUGUCAGGAAUUAUUUUGGCGUUUGGAUCAUUCUUGGGAGUUCUUGGUCUAUGCCUGGAGGAAAACCGCAAACAGCUGCUGAUUGCAGCCAUUGUGUUCCUGAGUUUUGGUAUAAUUUCCAGUUUCCUGUGUCUUGUGAUUGAUGGCGUUUUCAUCCUACUCAACAUUGAUAUGCGUCCAGUGAAGGCAGGAAGAUGUCAGUUCUACACAAGUGGAAAUAGUUACAUCUAUGAGAACUACUAUGCUACAGUUCCCUGUCAAGGACUUACAGAGUCCUGUAAUAUGAAAGUUCGCAGUGGAACAUGUUACUGUUGUGAUUUGUAUGAUUGUGCCAAUGGAGGAUAUCUGAAUAAUUACUAUGAGUUUGUUGGUGUGCAGAGCUGUCAGGAGGUCUUCUCUCUGUAUGUUCUUCUCUGGGUCUUAACCACACUUAACCUGCUUGCCUUCGUGUGUGGAAUCUUGACCACUGCUGUACUGGGCAGUAUCAAAGACAUGAAGAUUGGGCUGGUCAGUUUUGAUGUGUCCCAGUGGAGAGGUUCAUCUCUGUUUGCUUUUGAUGGGGCCAGCUGUUCUUCCCCCACUGCACCUCUGCUAAUGGACCCUAACUCACAUGCAGGACACCAGCUCUACCCGAGGGCAUCACUUUGUGUUUCUCCAGCAGCACCUGCAGCAACAGGAUCAAGUGUAUCUCCAGGAGGGUCAUCAGAUACAUCCCACGUACAGCCCAAGCCUCCUCCCUUUGCCCCCCUCUACAACCUGCUACCCUACAAGUCCUCCAGCUUCUCAGCUUAGAACAUCUGAAUCCAAACCAAAGACCUUGAGACUGCACUCCCAUUAAAUCAACAUUAAAUCAGAAAGUCAAAACCUGAUGGAUAAAUGAAGCCCCACUCUAUCUUGUUUUUCAUUUAUAGAUAAGCCACAUUAUAGACAUCUGCUAAUGCCAUUUCAUGUUGUCUUAAUUUCAUGUUUGUAAUAUUAGGCAGCAAUCUUGUUCUUGCUAUGGCUGUAAAAUAUAUAGUAAAUAUAAAUCUAAUGUAUUACAUUAUAACAUAGAGGACUAAAUGAAAUACAAGAAGAACAACACUAAAGACUAAUUACAAUCAGUUGUAGACUAUGACACGUUUCGAACUAACUUCUCCAAACAAUAAUGUUAAUUAUCAUCAAA